AUGUAUAUAAACAACACUCAGUUCCUUAGACGGUAUAUAAGAUCUACGAACUUUGCGCGUACACAUAUUUGCAUGAAUACAUACGAUAAGGAAAAAGGUUUUGUACCCAACUCAAGCACCGACGACAACAGAGAUGACGAUGGCUACCAGAGCAACAACAGCUGCAGCGCCAAUAACAAAAACAACAACAAAAACAACAACAACAACAACAACAACAACCACAACAACAACAACGGUUGCGACAACAGUGACUACUCCGGAAACCAGGACGACGACGACGCCGACGACGUCAGAACCAGCGACAACACGAAAAUGCAGAUAUGCGUUUUUGACACCCGAAAAAAAAAGAAUUUAAACGACCCCUUUCAUCAGUAA